GAAACUCAUUUCUUCUUUGACAAGAACAAUAUAUAUACAUCCAUUUCCAUCUUGAAGCUUGCUUAACUAUAUGUUUGGCUUCUCUCUUGCAUAUACUAUGGCUGCAAGGAUGGAAGUUUCAAAACCACGCCCUAUAAUUUCUUGUAUAUCGUUUUUAGCCCUAUAUAUUUCUUUCGUUACAAUAACACCAGCUUCUUCAACCUCUCUACAAGAUGAUUUCAUCAAAUGUCUCCACAAAAACACAAAUGUCCGUUUUCCACUCGACAAAACGUUCUUCACUCCUGAAAGAAACUCUUCGAUCUUCACCGAAGUCUUUGAAUCGACGGCUCAAAAUCAACGGUUACUGACCAAGGCAAUGCCUAAACCGGGAUUCAUAUUUAGGCCGAUUCAUGAGUCUCAUGUUCAAGCUUCUGUCAUCUGUUCGAAGAAACUUGGAAUACAUUUUCGUGUUAGAAGCGGCGGUCACGAUUACGAGGGCGUGUCUUAUGUUUCACGGAUCGAAAAACCGUUCGUAUUAAUCGAUUUGUCGAAAUUGAGACAAAUCAAUAUUGAUAUUGAAGACAAUAGUGCUUGGGUUCAAGCUGGUGCUACUAUUGGUGAGCUUUACUACAGAAUUGCAGAAAAGAGCAAGAUUCAUGGAUUCCCUGCAGGUGUGUACCCGAGUUUAGGCAUAGGUGGUCAUAUAACAGGUGGUGCAUAUGGUUCCUUGAUGAGGAAGUAUGGUCUUGCUGCAGAUAAUGUUCUAGACGCAAAGAUCGUUGAUGCUAAUGGUAAAUUACUCGACAGAGCCGCGAUGGGGGAGGAUCUAUUUUGGGCGAUUAGAGGAGGUAGUGGAGGGAGUUUUGGGAUAAUUUUAUCAUGGAAGAUCAAGCUUGUUCCUGUUCCUGAAACCAUAACCGUCUUCACGGUCACCAAGACAUUGAAGCAAGAUGUAAGUUUCAAGAUUCUUUUUAAGUGGCAACAAGUUGCGGACAAGCUUGUUGAAGAGCUCUUCUUACGAGUGUUCUUCACUGUAGUUGGAAACAAAGCAAACAAGACAGUUUCGAUGGCCUACAUAGGUCAGUUUCUUGGCGAGAAAGGCACCUUGAUGGAGGUAAUGGAGAAGGAUUUUCCAGAACUAGGGCUAACUCAGAAGGAUUGUAUAGAAAUGAACUGGAUCAAAUCCAUUAUUUACAGCUCUGGAUUCCCAACAAGCUCUCCUCCUCCCAUUGAGAUUUUGCUUCAAGCAAAGUCUCCACUUGGAAAAGUUUACUUUAAAGCGAAAUCGGAUUUCGCUAAAGAACUUAUUCCUGUUUUAGGGCUCAAAGGGAUGUUCAAGAAGUUGCUUGAAGAAGACGCAGCAUUAGUGAUUUGGACUCCUUACGGUGGAAAGAUGAAUAAAAUCUCUGAAUCUGAGAUCCCAUUUCCGCAUAGAAACGGAACCAACUUCAUGAUUCAAUAUUACAGGAGCUGGUCAGAUAGCGAGGAAUCGAACAAACGCAUCAAAUGGAUCAGAGAGUUGUACAGUUACAUGACGCCUUACGUCUCAAGCAAUCCAAGACAAGCAUAUGUGAACUACAGAGAUCUAGACCUGGGACAGAACAAGAAUAACUCAAAGUCUAACUUCCUAGAAGCUAAAAGAUGGGGAGCUAAGUACUUCAAAGACAAUUUCAAAAGAUUGGUAAGGAUUAAAACAAAGGUUGAUCCAGAUAACUUCUUUAGACACGAGCAGAGUAUCCCAACUCUGCCCGUUUGAAGCUAAGCUCAUGAUAACCAUAUCAAUAUAAGAAUAAAUGUAAGAAUAUAUGAUCUAGUUUAUUCUGUCUUGUAGAAUUCUAUAUUAGAAAAUAUUAAAAAAACUGUAUUGUUUUUUUAAAUAUUUAUCAAAAGUAACAAAAGUUAUACAGAUCUUUUUUUAAA